AUGGCCCCGCCGCGCCCGCCCCGCCUGGUGCCCGCGCUGCGCGCCCUGCUCUACUGGUCCCUGGUGUACGGCUACUGCGGGCUGUGCGCCUCCGUCCACCUGCUCAAACUUUUGUGGAGCAUCGGCAGGGCACCCGCGCAGACCUUCCGCCGGGCCGCCCGGGCCAACCCUCCGGCGUGCCUGAACGACCCCUCCUUGGGGACCCACUGCUACGUGCGGAUCAAGGAUUCGGGGUUAAGAUUCCACUAUGUUGCUGCUGGAGAAAGGGGCAGACCACUCAUGCUGCUGCUUCACGGAUUUCCAGAAUUCUGGUAUUCUUGGCGUCAUCAGCUGAGAGAAUUUAAAAGUGAAUACAGAGUCGUCGCACUGGAUUUGAGAGGCUAUGGAGAGUCAGAUGCACCGACGCAUCAAGAGAGUUAUAAACUGGACUGUCUAAUUGCAGACAUAAAGGAUAUUUUAGACUCCUUAGGGUAUAGCAAAUGUGUCCUGAUUGGCCAUGACUGGGGAGGCAUGAUUGCCUGGCUGAUUGCCAUCUGCUACCCUGAGAUGAUAAUGAAGCUCAUUGUUAUUAACUUCCCACAUCCAAGUGUAUUUACAGACUACAUACUGCGGCACCCUGCCCAGCUGUUCAGAUCUAGCUUUUAUUACUUCUUCCAAAUACCAUGGUUCCCAGAAUUUAUGUUCUCAAUUAAUGAUUUCAAGGCUUUGAAACACCUGUUCACCAGCCAGAGCACUGGCAUUGGACGGAGAGGACGUCGGCUGACUACAGACGACCUAGAAGCUUACAUUUAUGUCUUCUCACAGCCUGGGGCACUAAGUGGUCCAAUGAACCAUUAUCGAAACAUUUUCAACUGCCUGCCUCUCAAACAUCACAUGGUGACAACGCCAACACUACUCCUAUGGGGAGAGGAAGAUGCGUUUAUGGAGGCUGAGAUGGCCGAAGUCACAAAGGUUUAUGUUAAAAACUAUUUCAGACUCACCAUUUUGUCAGAAGGUAGCCACUGGCUUCAGCAAGACCAACCUGACAUAGUGAACAGGCUGAUAUGGGCAUUCCUAAGAGAAGAGACGAGAAGAGAAUGACUUUAUCUCCGAUGAGGAGUCUAGAAUGGAAUCUUGAAAACCUCUUAAAACUUGUUCAUCAACUUACAUUUUAUUAGAAAAAAAAACCCCUGUUUUAAUAUGCUUGAUUAUAAAUAAAUAUAGUGAAACAUG